AUGGUGGCAGGGGAUAAAAGGGGGAAGUCAUUUGGUUUGGGGUGUGAGCCUGUGGUGGGAUCAUUAGCUGCGGCCAAGAAGAGGGAAUACCGAAUCACCAAUCGCCUCCAAGAGGGAAAUCGCCCUAUAUACGCCGUCGUUUUCAACUUUCUUGACUCUCAAUACCUCAACGUUUUCGCCACUGUUGGUGGCAACAGGAUUACUGUUUAUCAAUGCCUUGAAGGAGGGAUUAUUGCUGUUCUGCAGUCUUAUGUGGAUGAGGAUAAGGAUGAGUCCUUUUACACUGUGGGUUGGGCAUGCAGUGAAGCUGGGAGUCCAUUUAUUGUGGCUGGAGGAAGCAAGGGUAUAGUCCGAGUCAUUGAUGCUGGCCGUGAGAAGAUAUACAGGAGUUUUAUUGGCCAUGGGGAGUCUAUAAAUGAAGUUCGGACUCAAGCAUUAAAGCCAUCACUUGUGAUAUCUGCAAGCAAAGAUGAAUCUCUCCGGUUGUGGAAUGUUCAAACUGGAAUAUGUAUCCUCAUAUUCGCGGGAGCUGGAGGACACCGCAAUGAAAUCUUAAGUGUUGACUUUCAUCCAUCGGAUAUAUAUCGAAUAGCUAGUUGUGGGAUGGAUAAUACUGUAAAAAUAUGGUCUAUGAAGGAUUUCUGGACAUAUGUUGAAAAAUCAUUCACAUGGACAGAUCUUCCUUCAAAGUUCCCAACAAAAUUUGUCCAAUAUCCUGUAUACAAUGCUUCAGUUCAUGUAAAUUAUGUGGACUGUACUAGGUGGCUGGGUGACUUUAUCCUCUCAAAGAGUGUUGAUGAUGAAAUUAUCUUGUGGGAACCUAAAGUGAAGAAAGAAAUUACAGGGGAGGGUGUAGUUGACGUCCUUCAGAAGUACCCUAUUCCCGAGUGUGAUAUCUGGUUCAUCAAGUUUUCUUGUGAUUUCCAUUUCAACAUAGCUUCAGUAGGUAACAGGGAAGGCAAGAUUUUUGUUUGGGAACUGCAGUCAACUCCUCCUGUACUUGCUACAAAGUUGUCACAUCCUCAAUCAAAAUCUCCAAUCAGGCAGACUGCUACUUCCUUUGAUGGAAGUACUAUAUUGAGUUGCUGUGAGGAUGGGACAAUAUGGCGCUGGGAUGAUGUUUCAAACUCUUCAACCUAA